AUGAUUCACAGCUGUGCUAGUGCUGAGUGCUCAAAAGCGACUGAAUCUACCUUAAAAUGUCCCUUGUGUCUAAAACAAGGUCAGAUCCAAUAUUUUUGUAACCAAAAAUGUUUCAAGAAUGGAUGGAAGAUCCACAAAGCGGUUCACGCCAAAGAUGGUGAUAUAGAUGGUUCGUACAACCCCUUUCCCAACUUUGCCUACACCGGUGAGCUCAGACCAGCAUAUCCCUUGUCUGUGAGACGAGAGGUUCCAGAGAACAUUACUCUCCCAGAUUAUGCUCUUGAUGGAGUACCAGUCUCAGAAAUCAAAAAUAACAGAAUGAACAAGAUCAAUUUGGUAACGGAGCCAGAAGACCUGGCCAAGCUAAAAAAUGUUUGCCGUUUAGCACGAGAGGUUCUAGAUGCUGCGGCUGCAUCUAUCAAACCAGGAGUUACCACUGAUGAGAUAGAUGAAAUCGUUCAUAGUGAAACAAUCAAGAGAGAAGCAUACCCCUCCCCUUUAAAUUACUUCAAUUUUCCCAAAUCUGUUUGCACAUCCGUUAAUGAAGUCAUCUGCCACGGUAUACCUGAUCGUAGACCGCUCCAGGAUGGUGACAUCGUGAACCUGGAUGUUACCCUUUAUAAAGAUGGAUUUCAUGCAGAUCUGAAUGAAACGUACUAUGUUGGAGAGAAGGCCAAGACUAACAAAGAUCUGGUCAACCUCGUCGAGACAACCAGAGAAGCUCUUGCUGAAGCUAUCCGUUUAGUGAAACCCGGCAUGCCGUUCCGUCAAAUUGGUACUGUUAUCGAAAACUAUGUGACUGAAAGAGGCUGUGAAACUGUUCGUUCUUACACUGGUCAUGGUAUCAAUACUUUGUUCCACACUGAACCAACCAUUCCGCAUUACGCUCGUAACAAAGCUGUUGGAGUAGCCAAACCAGGAGUGGUAUUCACUAUCGAACCAAUGUUGACUCUGGGCACUCAUCGUGACGUGGUUUGGCCCGACAACUGGACCGCCGUUACCGCUGAUGGAGGACCAAGUGCCCAAUUUGAACAUACCCUUUUGGUUACGGAAGAUGGUGUGGAGAUUCUCACUGGCAGAACGGAAACUUCGCCAGGCGGUGCCAUCUCAAGACUAUAA